AGGUUCACUCCCAGUAGCCCAUAGCCUAAAGCACCUAGAUCUAGACUUAGAUCCAAAAGGCAUUGGGUGCUGUAGAAGUAAUAGUAGAUCUAUUAAUAAUAUUAUUAUUGUAAUCUUUAUUAUGAUCAUUAAAUUAUCACGACUGUGGAGCUCUUUUGUUUUGAAAGGUUUUGCAAUGUGGAGUCUUUUGUAAACUUCGCCAUCAAAGAAGUAAUACAUGCCAAAUGAAGUACACAAUACUGCGUUUAGUGUUUACAGUUUACUGUUUGCACAUUGUGGACAAACACAGUAUUUGUUGUAGUCUCUUGCUUCGGGUUAGAAUUCUAGAUUCUGAAUUUAGGUAGUCCAUGACGGGGAUGCCAUCACUGUCUUCUUGAGGGAUGCCCAAAAGUGCCAGGUCCACUGUUCCCACAGCAUGGAAGUUGAUGAUUGUCAUCUCAGUGCUGUAUUUGUUGUGCGUAUGGCUUGGGUACAGACAUCUCGAGCGGACACUGUUUCAGAGAAGGAGCAGUGGCCAAGUCUUUCAGCCGAAACUCAGCAAGGAUGGCCUCCAGCUGUAUGUGAAGCAAUGCCCGGUCACCUACAGCCAGCGGCAUGGGCACUUGUCAGGGCCGGUUGACACCAGGCUGGCCAAAGCUUUAAAACCGGGAAUGUGUCAAGCGUCUGCAAGGCCAGUGCGAACAAAUAUACAGAUUGAGUCAGAAUGGCGGUCGAUAAGUGUUGCAUACCCUCAGUAUGUGUACACUGUCAGUGGAUGGAUACAAGUGCUAGAUGUCCCGACCUACACACCAAAGCCACUCAAGGUCAUCAUUGUGCCACAUUCGCAUCAAGACCCAGGUUGGAAAAGCACUUUUGAAGGCUACUUCCAGUCUCAGACCAGAGAUACCUUGGAGAACAUGGUUAAUUUCUUGUCAGCACAUCCCAAGUGGAAGUUUAUCUGGUCUGAAAUUUCCUUUUUUGAAAAGUGGUACUCUGGUGAAGAUGGUGGUGAUCGAGAAAGGGUAAAAAGGCUUAUCGACAAUGGGCAAUUGGAGAUUGUUACUGGAGGUUGGGUGAUGACGGAUGAAGCUGUGGCCCACUAUUCCGCCAUGUUGGAUCAGCUUGUUGAAGGUCACCAGUGGUUGAAACAGAAUCUAGACAUAACACCAAACACAUCCUGGUCUGUGGAUACAUUUGGCCACUCUCCCACAAUGGCAUACUUGCUCAAAGAAUCUGGUGUCAAAAACAUUGUGAUUCAAAGGGUCCACUUUGCCAUAAAAAGAUACCUUGCCAAGAAAAAGAGUCUGGAGUUCAUGUGGAGACAAAGCUGGGAUUCCAGUGGUAAGACGGACACUCUGUGUCACCUUAUGCCAUUCCUGCUGUAUGCCAUCCACUACUCCUGCGGACCAGAUCCCCAUGUCUGUUGUCAGUUUGACUUCCACGAGGACAAGUGCUUACGGGGCACGGAGACUGUUCCAAGAGUGGCUGUUAAUGAGACCAACAUUCGCAAGCUAUCCUGGGCACUGUGGGAACAGCUACAGAAAAAGGCUGAGUUGUAUCGGAGCAAUGUUCUGCUUGUUCCUCAUGGAGACGACUUUCGUUAUGAUUCAUCAAGCGAGUGGGAGGCGCAGUUUGGAAAUUUGGAAAAGCUCAUGGAGUACAUGAACAAGGAUCCAGACAUGAAUAUUAAUUUGGAGUUUGGCACUGUGAGUGACUUCUUCAAUGCUCUUAAGACUGAUACUGAAAAGUCCAAAGUGUCCUUCCCAUCCCUGACUGGGGAUUUUUUGCCUUACAAUGACCGAGAUGACCAGUACUGGACGGGAUUUUACACCAGUAGACCCCUAUACAAGCACAUGGCCCGCUGGUUACAUGCAAAACUUCGAAUCACAGACAUUCUGCUGACUCUGUUGUGUGCUGGCGAUACGACCAGUCACUAUUGCCGGUAUCUGAUGACACUAGAAGAGUCUUUGCCACAGGCUCGCCAAGCCUUGGCUCUCUUCCAGCAUCACGACGCAAUCACUGGGACCAGCAAAAGAUAUGUGGUCAAGGAUUACGCUUCUAAAUUACACGGGGCAUCCAUUGUGAUAGAUGACAUCCUGAAGAAGCUCAUGUUCCUCUCUGUUGCCGAGGGUCAGAAGGAUGCCAAAAGAGCGGUUGGCAAUGUGUCUCUAACCAUGGCUGAGGAGUGGUCCGACUUUGUCACUCCCCCCUCUCUGAAAGCAAAUUAUGUUGAUGGCAAAUGGUUUGUUUUGGUGACAAAUCCUCUAACCAUUCAGUGGAAAUCUGUGGUAACCGUGCGAACAUCCAGUCCAUCCGCAGUCAAGACCAAGGGUGGAGGUUUGGUGGCGUACCAGAUCAACCCAGUUCUAGAUGAGAAUUUGAAACCCGUGCUCGGCCUCUAUGAUGUGGUGUUCGAAGCAGACCUCCAGGCUUUGUCCGUGAAGCUGUACGUGGUGUCUGAGAGCCACUCGCAUGGCAAAUACGUGUCAGUUACUCUGUUUGGGAAGCAACUGGAGCCUGUAAUGUUUGUAGAAGAUUUCAAAGCCAAAAGUUCAACUGUUGAGACGAUUGAAAUUGAGAAUUUGCUUCUGCGAACCACAUUUUCUUCCUGCACUGGCACUUUACAGUACACACAUCGCAAGCUGGAUGACGUGAUUCAUAAGACAGCCAUCAAGUUUGUGACUUAUGGCACAGGAUCUUGGUCCAAUCCUUUCAGAGACAAGAGUGGAGCCUACAUUUUCAUGCCUGAUGGACAAGCUCGGAGCCUGGACUCGAUGUAUCCGCCCAUGGUUGUGUUGCACGGACCUGUCAUGUCUUCUGUCAUCACCAAACUGCCUGGUGUUGUGCACAGAGCUGUUCUCUAUAACGUUUCGGGUCCUGUGGCAUCAGGCGUCCAUCUGUACAACACUGUGUACCUGACCCCACCCUUGUAUGACAACAAAGAGCUGGUGAUGAGGGUGGAGUCAGACGUCCUUUCCCCUGACACCUCUGUUUGUGUUGACCUCAAUGGGUUCCAGAUGCACAAAAAACGGUGGCGCUCCAAGUUUCUGAUUCAGGGAAACUUCCAUCCUGUGACUUCAGCAGCUUACAUAGAGGAUGAAAACCACUCUCGGUUGUCAUUGCUCACCACAGAGACUCAUGCUGUAGCCUCUCUCAGACCUGGUUGGCUGGAAGCAGUCCUAGACCGUCGGCUCAUGCAAGAUGAUUGGAGAGGUCUCAAUGAAGGUGUGUCUGACAAUGUGCAGGCUGUGAGUCGUUUCAUGCUGGUCACGGAAAAAAAAAAAAACCCUCUGCAGACAAAGGGUCCAGCCUGUUACCCAUCCUUGCUGACCCACCUGCUGUCCACACAUCUGAACAACCCAGUCCAAGUAGUCGCCCUCAGGGAAGAAAAAUACGAGUUCAAAUACAAGUCGGAGGUCAACUUUAUGACGGAGAAGUGGUCCUGUCUGUACCAGCUGCUGAACCUGAGGCGUCUGCCCGUGCCGAGGAAAGGGAAGGUAGAGGAGGGGCAGAGCGCACUCAUGAUUGUGCAGAAAGCCGGGCUGGACUGCAGCUACACAGAAGUCUACACAGACUGUGAUAUGCAGCGGUUCAUUCUGUUGGACAAAUUCUUGGGUGUGGAACUAUCAUCUGUGAAGCAGACUACGCUAACUGGUGUACAAGAAUUGGAAAUUCUUCAACAGUAUGCAGCUGGAUUAAAGGACAUGGAAAUCAAAGCUUUUAAAGUAACAUUUAAAUAGGACUGAAUUUCUCUGUCUCCUUCAGAGUGUCAGAGGUUUUAUUGCCUUAUCUGUCUCUGCACCCCUGCCCUCCUCUACAAUAGAAUGUUUUAACAUAUUGAAAGGGAAAUUGUGAAGAGAAACUUCAGCAGUUUCUCUCUGGGACUGAGAAAAAAGCUAUACCCUGUGAGCAUUUGUUUUAUGAUUAUUCACACUACAUGGCAUUGGACAGAAGGGCGAGAGCCCAGCUGUUGCUGGAUCGAUAACAACAACAACAACAUGAUUAUUCACAAUGAUGCUAAACUCAUUCAUGACUAGUUUCCACACAGUGAAGCUCUUAUGCUGGGAAAAAUUGCGACUAAUCAGAGGAAUCAAGGGUAGUGUCACAAAUUCACUUUAGUAUAUCAACUUCUUUUUCAAAUGGCCAAAUUGAAAGUUGAUUAUAUGAAGAGAAUGGGGCUUCUUUCACGAUCUAUUAUAAAAAUGUACGUCCAGAGUUAUCCAGAGCUUGGACUACCUAUUAUCACUCACCAAUAUUAUUUUGUAGUAUCUCUGUUGAGUAGCCUGUCACUUACGUGUAUUCAUGAGUAAAGAUGUAGCCAGUCACCAUUGAGUUAACUAUUAACACCUAAUCUGCAUGUGUUGUGCCGGCAAAUUGGCCUUUCGGCUCAAGGUGGCCCUUCCUGCUUUACUUUUAGUAAGAUAAGCUUCAAAUAGGCAUUAUGCAAAAUAUUUGUUGCCUGAGUCCGUCCUUUUCCCAUGUGUCAUGAUUUGGCUUGUCCUUUCCCACUUUUUGAUAUGUUGGCUAACAUUCUCAUCCUGUGCACUGCCAAAGGAGAGGGGGGGCGUGUUUGUGAGCGUGUAUACCGUUUGGCUCAACAUGUACACCAAGAAGAACACACUCGACUUGCACGUUUGCCGGCUGAGUAGGGAAUGACCCACUGGCUCACCAGUCCUUUAAUCUCGUGCUGAACUCAGUGGUUACAAAAACAUUCAUCGGAAAUGGUACGAAACACGAACAAUGUACACAUAUCAACAUCCCCCCUUCUUUAGCAAGAUGCUUUAUCCCACCGCUGCCACCAUGUUUGUAAGCGUGUAUACCGUUUGGCUCAACAUGUCUACACAAUUGAACAUUUAGUCACAUAUGCACAGACACCAGUCACCCAUCAGAACAGUAGAGUUCUGUUUAGAAAUCAGUCAUACUCUUUAAAAGACAAUUUUCCAUACUCAUCACCGCUGAGAACUGACGAGCAGACGACCAGACCCGAAGAAGUUAUCGAAAAGGAUUUUGACAAGACAAUUAACAGAAAGUUUUGAUUUGUGUUAUUAGAAUAUAAAUGUAAAUGGACUAUCACCUUUUAGUAUAAAUUGGAUACAAUGUGGAGAAAUCGCUGUUUGAUUUAAAAGAUUUACAGUUAUGUAAAAUCAGUAGUAAUUUCUUGGGAAUGGGAUUCGUCAGAUAUAUAUUAUGCUUUCUAUUUUGUGUCGGUAACGCUCAAAUAUUAGUAGUAGAAUUACUAAUAAUUUAACUUGAUAAUAAAGAAUAUUUCUUAUAAAGGGUUUUGAACAAAUUGACUAAUAAGGUGUUGAAAUGUUACGUUUAAGGAAUGCACAUAAUGCUUCUUGCUAAAGAAGGGGGGAUGUUGAUAUGUGUACAUUGUUCGUGUUUCGUACCAUUUCCGAUGAAUGUUUUUGUAACCACUGAGUUCAGCACGAGAUUAAAGGACUGGUGAGCCGGUGGGUCAUUCCCUACUCAGCCGGCAAACGUGCAAGUCGAGUGUGUUCUUCUUGGUGUACAUGUUGAGCCAAACGGUAUACACGCUUACAAACAGGGGGGGGGAUAGGGGGCUUGCAAGUGUCUUCUUUGUGACAGUUUGUGGAGUACAUUCAUGAACAAUUUUGUCUCAUGAGUCAGUUUUUAUGUUACCACUCUAAAUCCAGAUCUGGUCCUACUGAAACCAAAGUGCAGCAAUAUUUAAUUUUUAGAAUAGACUGCAUAUGUUGAAUGGAUCACAGUUCUCAAGUCUAACGUAUUGUACUAAUUGUAGAAAUAAAAUGGUUGGGGCGACAAAGAUAACAAAGAUAUUGUGGACAUUCCUAGAAAAUUGUCUUUAGUUGUAUCUCUUCAUAUUUAGAAAAUUUAUUACUUUCACUCCUGGCCCACGUCAAUAAUCACAUUUCCCCUCGACACCUUAUCAUA